UGCAUCAUAAACAUUGCUGAUCGUUGUGCUGUGCAAUAAGUUAUUAAAACUAUCAUGUUGUGGCAGUAUCAGCAGAAAUAGAACUAGUAUUUUAGAUUCACGCGAAUGUAACCGUGUGUGUGCGUGUAUCAAUUUUUAUCUCAUUGUCAAAUAUAUACACAUAUGUAUAACGUAAGGUGAUACCUUUACCACGAACUUUAACCGAAGGAAAUUGAUUAAGAAGAUUGUUAAAAAUCGAUUGAGCAAAUGUCUGACAUUAUCAUAUCUAAUCACUCUCCGUUUUUCUUGCUUCUAUUAAUUAUUUUUUUCGCUUUAAAUCUAACGUUUGCACAUGAUAACGACGGCACGAAUAAAAAUGAAAAUUCGAGCCAUAUUUCUGCACGGUAUCGACUACCCAAGGAAAUCGUUCCUAUAUCCUAUGAUCUAUCGAUCUAUACACACCCGAUUGACGCAAAUUAUGAUGGUCACGUACGGAUCAUCUUACAAGUGCUUGAAAAAACAGAUUUUAUCGUACUGCACACGGAUGCAUUAAAGAUACAAACAAAUGCAUCUUUAUUUGAUAGAUCGGGUAGAUUGACUCGGAUUUUGCGUUACAUCCAUGACGAAGAUACACAAAUGCUUAUGAUUAAACUUGAGCGCGCACUAGAUCCUAUGAAAUACACGUUAGAAGUAUCCUUCAAAGGACGUAUCGCAAAUGAUGUAUUUGGCUUUUAUGCAAGUCUAUACGAAGUUGAUGGAAGGCUGAGACGAAUUGGUGUAACACAAUUUUCGCCCACAUACGCACGCCGUGCAUUCCCUUGUAUGGACGAACCUUAUUUAAAAGCGGAAUUUCAUUUGCAUAUUGGUCACCAUAAAGAUCAAAAGGCGACGAGUAAUACUCCAGUGGAAUCUAUACGAAUAGAAAAUGAUACGUAUUAUGUGACCACAUUCCACCGUACACCGCGAAUGCCCACGUACUUAGUAGGAUGGGCAGUACACAAUUUUGUCCCGGAACAAUCACAAAUUUCGGGAGAUUUCAAGAUGUGGACAAGAGACUCCAUGAAGUUUCAUGGAUCGAUGGCCUUGAAUCGCGGUUGGGCAGUCUACUCGGCAUUACAGAUGUGGUUAUUAGUAAAAAGCCCGCUCGUGAAGGUCGAUCAAUUUGCGAUACCGGAUUUCAAUUUCAAUGCGAUGGAGAAUUGGGGCCUCAUCACUUAUAGAGAAUCUGUAGUGUUGCACGAGGAUGGAACUCCGACAAGAAAAGUAGUGAACGGACUGUCAGUAAUGGCUCAUGAGUACGCUCACAGUUGGUUCGGUAAUCUGGUGACACCCGUAUUCUGGGAUGUUGUCUGGUUAAAGGAGGGCUUCGCCACAUAUUUCCAAUAUUUUGGUGUGUCCUUAGUAGAACCGGAUUUGAGAAUGAUGAAUGUAUUCGUAGUAGAUUGUUUGCAACCAAUACUGCUCGCAGAUUCUAAUAAUCAUACACGCACAUUAAAUGGUCAAGAGGUCGGGGAUCGUAACAGCAUUAUGGCUUUGUUUGAUUUCGUCUCUUAUGAGAAAGGUGCCUCUAUAAUUCGCAUGAUCAGUCAUACCAUCGGAAGUACAACAUUCCAAUUAGGAUUACAAAAUUAUUUGCGCGAGUUGUCAUUUAAAGCAGCCACUCCAUUCGACUUGUAUCGACACUUGCAAGCUGCAUCAAAUAUAACAAGGCAAUUGUACAAAGGCAUAUCUAUAAAAGAUGUCAUAGAAUCCUGGGCAAAUCAGCCAGGAUAUCCCUUAGUGAUCAUUACACGAAACUACAAGACGAUGGCUCUCUUUGCCUCGCAAGAACGGUUUUAUUUAAACCAUCAAGCAGCACAAACAAAUUCCGAAAAAUCAAGUUGGUGGAUACCAUUAACCUUCGUUACCGAAGAAUCGAAUUCCACAUUUAAUCGAACUACUACGGCUGCCUGGUUGAAACCACAGGCCAAAAACAUGUUAAUCAGUUCUGUAAAACCAAACUCGUGGGUGAUUUUUAAUGUUCAGCAAGUUGGAUAUUAUAGAGUCACUUACGACGAAAAUAACUGGAAAAUGCUUAUUCGCUACUUGAAGUUGAAGAAUUUCCAAAAAAUACAUGUGAUAAAUAGGGCUGCGCUUCUAGAUGAUGCUUUUAAUUUAGCAAGAGCUGGUUAUGUGGAUUAUUCCAUUCCAUUUGAUCUCGCGAUAUAUCUUACUCGUGAAACCGAAUACGAACCGUGGGUCGCUGCAGUAAAUAACUUCAAUUUUCUCAAUCAUAUUUUAGCUUGCUCACCGCGAGUACAACGUCUCUUUCAGAACUAUGCAAAUAACUUACUUAAACCAAUGUCUAGUUUAUUAAGCUUUAUGGAAAAUCCCAUGGACAGUUCAAUAAAGAAAAUGCAUCGCGAAUUGAUUCUAUCUACUGCUUGCUCGGUUAAUAAUAUGCACUGCCUAAAGACAUCGAAAACCUUGUUUAAAACGUGGAUUUUAUCUGAGAAAAGUAUAAUAUCAGCAAAUCUCAAGAGCUUCGUGUAUUGCGUGGGUAUUCGAGCAGGCGAUGAUAAUGAUUGGCAUACUGUUUGGAACAGGUUUCUGCACACUGAUUUACAUGCAGAACAAGAACUCUUGCUGAGUGCACUCGGAUGUACUAAAACUCCUCAUUUAAUCGACAGAUUUCUCAAUGCGUCUAUAAUAUAUAGACUCAAACUUCGCAAACAAUAUAGAAUGACAAUAAUCAAUGCCGUUUUAAACGGCAAUCCUGAAAAUGUUAAUUACGCCAUUGAUUUUAUUCACCAUAAUUUGCCCCUGAUUCUUAAAUCAAGAGGAAUAGAUUUCUUAACCAAAAUGCUCACUGCUGUAGGCAAUAAAAUUGUUAUGGAAACUCAAUUAAACAAGCUUCGCUCAUUUGUUAAUGAGAACAUUGAAAAUCUAGGAUCAGCGUUGAAUUCAGCAAAAAAAGCCAUAAGUACAAUGUUAACGAUGAGAUUUCUGUUAUCAUUGAUGCUUGUCCUAGCGACUUGCUGGGCGAGCUAUCCUAGUUCCGAUGAUGUGGCUCCUCAACUUAUAGAAGAAGUUUUAGAUAACUAUAGAUUGCCACUAAAUGUAAUACCUACGGAAUAUGACAUCAAAUUGCAGCCGAUUUUCGAGUCAUCCAAUCAAGAUAAUUUUACUUUUAAAGGAGAAUCUGUGAUCACUCUUUUUACUGCGAUAGAGACAAAUACCAUAAUUUUCCAUGCUAAGGAAAUUAAUAUUACUGAGAAGAGUAUUAAGUUAACAGAUAAAAAAGAAAAUAAAAUUUAUAAUAUAACUGAGUUAAAGGAAGAUAUAAAUAAGGACUUUGUGAUUCUCAUUUUUAAAGACCUCAUUCCCGCAAAAAAAAAUAUACAACUAUCUUUGCACUAUACUGGAAAGUUAAACGAUAAAUUACGUGGAUUCUACAGAAGUUCUUACCAGAAUAAGGAAGGAAAAAAGAUAUGGCUUGCAACGACUCACUUUGAACCAGUAAGCGCGAGACAGGCCUUCCCAUGUUGGGACGAACCACAAUUUAAAGCACAUUUUACCAUUACUAUUACAGUUCCUCAAAAAAAUUACAUAGCGAUUUCGAAUAUGCCUGAAAAAAAAACUGAAAAUUUAAAUACAAUUUUCGAGAAAACACCACCAAUGUCUACUUAUCUCGUAGCUUUUGUAGUUUCGGAUUUCACGUCUCUGCAAAACAAUAAAAAUUUUAGAGUUUGGGCGAAACCUACGGUAGAAAAAGAUGCUAAAGAAUUUGCAUUGAAAUAUGGAUUAGAAACAUUACAGGUACUAAAAAAUUUUACCAAUAUUGAUUAUUAUGGAAAGGAGCAAGGAAUGUCAAAGCUGGAUCAAAUUGCAAUACCAGAUUUCGCAGCAGGUGCUAUGGAAAACUGGGGUCUUGUGACGUACAGAGAAUCUCGACUUCUCUAUAUAGAGAAUAAAACAACCACGGAAGAGAAACAAGCUUUAGCGACAAUAAUAGCUCACGAACUCUCUCAUCAGUGGUUUGGUAACUUAGUUACUUGCAUUUGGUGGAAUUACAUCUGGCUAAAUGAAGGAUUUGCUACAUUUUUCCAAUAUUAUAUUACCGAUAAAGUUAUUCCACAACUGUAUAAGGAUGAAAAGUCUUGGCGUCUUAUGGAACAAUUUGUUAUUAAAAAUGUGCAAGCAUCAGCAUUUGUUGUUGAUGCAAGUAGUAAAACUCGUGCAUUGAAUCCUAAAACUAGUAGUAUACAAACUACUGCUCAAAUUAGAAGUUUGUUCGACGAUAUUGCCUACAAAAAAGGUGCUUCUAUUCUUUAUAUGAUACAAGGAUUUUUAUCGGAAGAUGUUUUUCAAGAAGGACUUAAAAAAUAUCUAAAUGAUUACAAGGGCAAAUCCGUCGAUUCUAACGAUUUCUUCAAAUCUGUCCAAACUUCUACUAAGAAAGUGGAAGAAUGUUUGCCAAAAAGUGUUACACUUACACAAGUUAUGGAUAAUUGGGUUAAUAAACCUGGAUAUCCUGUCAUUACUGUCACGUGGAAUAAGAAAUUACCUGGUACUGUUAAUAUAACGCAGGAACGAUUCUUUUCGGUGAAACCAGUGAAAGAAGAUAAAACUCAGUGGUAUAUACCCAUCAACUAUGUAACAGAAGAAUCGCCCGAAAAAGUGAUGCCUACGGACAAAAAAUCUCGCUGGUUGAUACCCGGAACAAAUGCAUCAAUAGACAAAUUAAACGAUACGAAAUGGAUACUUUUCAAUAAGAAUCAGACAGGUUUCUAUCGUGUAAAUUAUGACAAUUCAAAUUGGCAGAAGCUAGCGUCAUACUUAAACUCACCUUCUUAUCUUAAUAUAAGCGCAACUAACCGCGCCCAAUUGAUCGAUGAUGCAUUAAAUCUCGCGCGUACAGGACACUUGGCAUAUGAGAUUGCAUUGCAGAUUACAUUGUAUCUAUCACAUGAGACUGAUUAUAUUCCAUGGUAUACCGCUACCAGAGCAUUCAAUUAUCUGGACACCGUAUUAAUAAGUAGAAAGAACUACACAAAUUAUCAGAAAUAUGUCGCUGAAAAGAUAAAAUCUUUUGCACUGACAGUCAACUACACGGAUUUGAGAAAUAGUACGCAUGUAGAUAAACUUGCCAAAGUAUUAGCAUUAAACACAGCUUGUAAAUACGGAUUGGAAGACUGCAAUAACUUUGCUAAUGAAAAGCUUGCAGAUUGGUUGGACAAUAAGACGAAAGAAGAUGAGAAGAAACUCUUACCAGACUUAAGACGUGGAAUACUUUGCGCCGGAUUGCGAAAUGCAAGCCCACAAAUAUGGAACGCGACUCUACAAAAGUACAAAACCACUAAAGAUAAAGACGAAAAGGCGGACAUUCUGGCCGGUCUUGGUUGCGCCACAUCUAAGGAAACUAUCCAGAAAUUCCUCGCGUUAACUCUCGAGAAAGAUUCCGACAUCGAUAUUUUUGCUGCGUUGAAUUCGAUAUGUGCGGGUAAUGCCGAAUCCUUCGACAUUCUCAUAGAAUUCAUCAAAGAUAAAAUUGAAACGAUUCAUAAUGCAGAUAAAGAAGAUAACUCAUUGCUGAAUGCCCUCCUUAAUCAUCUUUCCGACAAAGUCGUAACAACAAAGCAAUAUGGAGAGUUAUCGCUACUCAUACAUAGGCAACUGCAAGACGCACAGAAGCUUGAAGUAUUGUCCGUUGCGAUAAACAAACUUGCCUGGAUCAAUACCCACAGAGACGAUGUUGAGACAUGGAUAGUAAAAAAUUGUGAAACUUGUAAUGAAAAUAAGCCAGAUUCUUCAAGUGCAUGCUCCAUUACUUUAUCGUUGUUCCUUCCAAUUAUUUUGUUGUUACUCACACGAUUCUAUUAAAAAGUCAAAUUCAUUAUUAUGUAAUAUCUUCAAUUGAUUAAUUUCCAACUUAAUCAUAUUUUCUCAAUAAAAUCGGAUGUAUAACACUUU